AUGAUUUGUGAUUUGUAGUAAAAGUAAGAGAGGAAAGGGAGGUAAAAUUGCUUGAAUAGCAAGCAGACCAAGAACAAAGCGACGUCAUUGGUGAAUAUCGUGUAUUCAAUCACAACUUUUCUCUCCCGCACAUCUUUUCUUUACAAAACAAAUCUUUUUUUAUCUGUUUGUAUUGUUAAAUAGAAUCAUGUCCAAAGAUACAUUAUCACUUCUUCGUGAAUCAACCAUUCAUAAUAAACCAGUUAUAUUAUUGGAUGCUUUUGGAAACGCAGUCUCCAACAUUAUAGAUGCAAAGAGUAUAAAAUUUAGUAACGACUCAGUAUUCCCUCGCGAUACACCCACCAACUUUAAAAAGAUUGCCACAUCUGCAGAUAGCAGUACAUAUACUCUGGACACCUUGAUCUUUCUUGUCCAAACAGCGCAAUUGGAUAAUUCUGCUUACUUUAAAGAAUGUCAAGCACGACAAAUUGAAAAUGUAGCCAUUGUUGAUAGAAGAAAGAUAUUGGAUUUCCUUACCGGAAAGGUCAGCCAACUUCCUAACAUAACACGGCCAAGCUCCCCAGAAAAAAGAGCCCGCGACGAAGGCUCCACGACAGAAACAAGCACGAAGAAAGCAAAGACAGCACCACUCAAAUCAGAAGAUUCAAUUAAAGCCGUGAAACAAGUCAUUAGUCGCGAACGUGAAAUAGUGACUAGGUCAUCUAUUCUGAAAGGAACCAAAAACUUUACACAUGCCAUCAAUUUAGCAAAGCAAUUAGUCCUUGGAAAAGAAGUGCCAGUCAAUGGACGUCCCAACGCGACAUCAAAGCCAGGAGCCUCACAACCUUCCUCAGCCAACCCAAGUAAAAAUGGUACAAAACUGACAACAGGAGCUACAACAGCAACUAAAAAUCAGAAAUUGUCAAGCAAAGACAAGAUUCCUCUUAUUAUUGUACCAGCUGCGCCUACAGCAAAAUUCACGCUUUACAAUAUUAAACAGUUCCUGGAAGAUCAAACAUAUGUCGACCCCCAAGAGUUAAGAAAUGAAGGAUUAAAGAAACCAGAUCGUGUUAUCGUUGAACGCAAAAAGCCAAACGGACAGUCUGUGCCAUACCACGUAGUCGAUUCAGUAGCACAUUUUAAGCAAAAUGAUUGGGAUCGUGUAUGUUGUGUGUUUGUCACAGGAAAAGUCUGGCAAUUCAAAGGAUGGAAAUGGGAAAAACCUGUGGAUUUGUUUAGUAAUGUCAAGGGCUUUUAUCCCAAGUGGACAUCUGAAACUAUUCAAUCACCAAUAUCAGAAUGGGCAGUGUCUGAAAUCAAUAUACAUAGAGAACGAAGAUACAUGGACAGAGCUGCCGUAUCACAAUUCUGGGAUGCAUUGGACAGCUACAAUGCAACACACAAAUCAUACCUCAAUUUUUAAAUAAACAUUAAUUGCUCUC